AAUCAUUUUCUAAAGGUUCUCAAUGCUGCUUCACAUGGUGCAUCUGCGGCCAUCAUCUAUAACGAUCCUGCAGAGUAUGCACCGGAGGGAACCGGCAACAACACUUUCCCUCACUCUUGGUGGCUUCCUGACUCUGGGGCCCAGCGUGGAGCAGCAAGAAACGCAACGGGGCUUGGUGACCCACUCACCCCAGGUUUUCCCUCUGUGGAUGGUAUUUACCGAGAGGUACUUAAUAACAAUGGUUCUUCGCCAAUCCCUGCCAUUGUGCUAUCCUACGGGGAUGCGCAGGAGAUACUGCGUCGCAUGAAAGGUUAGUACGCUUCAAGCACAGGAAGAGGAAGGUCACGUGUUACUAAGGGCCUGAGGCCCUACCAGGUUUUUUCAAAGAAGAGAAAGAAAAAACUGAAAUUUCCUACCCUGUGUAGCAAGAAAACCUUUCUGGCUGAACUGUUACGAUAAUUCAUUAAAUCGAAAGUCCGUCUGUGCGUUUUUAUGGAGAGUAACUGCAUCUGGAAACUUUUAGAAAACUUAUUAGUUCGAUCAAUUGACGAAGUUUUGUCUUGUAUGCUUUGUGUUGCCUUGCUAAUUUCCUCUUUUGAUUUAGUACCACGCACAUCCGUUGUCUUUUCAAAUGUUUGAAGAGUAGGUAACGCCUAAAAAGAAAGUGAUCUUUCCCAAAACUUUAUAUGUCUACAGGGUAUAAAGGAAGUUUCUAUUUAAUUUGAUAGGUCUUAAAGCACCAAAGAGUUGGCAAGGAGGUUUGCAGUUAACUUACUAUAUCGGACCUGGAUUUAAAGACAAAAGUCUCACUUUGCGUGUGGAUGUCAACAGCAGCUUGGAAUUCAAAACCAUUUACAAUGUGAUCGGCCAGAUUAGGGGCGCAGAAGAACCCGACCGUUAUGUACUCCUGGGAAAUCAUCGAGACGCCUGGGUAUUUGGUGCUGCCGAUCCUGUUAGUGGUACGGCUGUGUUGAUGGAACUAUCACGUGGUUUAGGAGAGUUGAUUAAAAAAGGAUGGAGGCCACGCCGGACAAUAAUGCUGUGCAGCUGGGAUGCAGAAGAAAUUGGUGCUGUUGGAUCAACGGAAUGGGUCGAGGAAAAUACUCAAAUUCUUCAAAAUCGCGCUGUUGCUUACCUUAACAUAGACCAAGCUGUUAAUGGUAAUUUCAGUCUUAAUGUCGAUGCCAGUCCUUUACUCAAACAUUUGGCAUUACAGUUGACGCAAGAAAUUUGUGAUCCAACAGUUCCAGAUACUUGCAAAAGUAUGUACGAAGUCAUGUUGGAGAGAGAUAUAACUAAACAUGUUAAUGGCCGCGCAGUAUGUAACGAUUUGUCAUUUGGUAGUGAUUAUGGAGCGUUUUACCACUUCCUUGGGAUUCCCUGCGCAGAUUGGUCUUAUAUCUUUGGAGGACGAUACAACAUCAGGAGAGCGUAUCCCGUUUAUCACUCCGUGCACGACACGUUUUACUGGAUGAAAACUUUUGUUGAUCCUGAAUUUCAAACUCAUCUGGCCGUGACAAAAUUUGCAGGGGCAUUUCUUCUCAAACUUUCCGACUCUGAACUGUUACCUCUCAACACAACCAGUUACGGAGAAUUCUUAAAAUCAAAAGCAGUUUCCUUGGAAAAGAAUGCUACUCUAAGGGCGCAUAACAUCAGCACGGUUCCUUUUUCUCGUGCAGUGAGGAGAUUUGCAAAAGUUUCGCGUCAGUUUGAAAGAGGCAAGUUAAAUGAGAAACCAGAAAACUUUCGCAUCCUGAACGAUCAAAUGAUGCAAGUGGAGAAAGCUUUUAUACAAACUGUAGAAGAAAACGACUUGAAACUUUCCAGACAUGUAAUACAUGGCCUUAACAUCGAUGAUCUGUACGAUAACUUGUAUUUUCCGCGAGUACAUUAUGCCAUGAUCAAGGCGAAAAAAACAGGAGAUUGGAAAUUGGUGGAAAAAGAGAUAUCUUUGCUGACAUAUGCCAUUACUUCUGCUGCAAAUGUUCUGAAACCCAUAUAA